AUGGACUCUGAUGAGGAUUCAUCCUCAAUAACUUCUCUCUCUGAGAGAGUGGAGAAUGUAAAGUCCGCAAAAAAACACCCGUGGAAAAAGCUUCUUUGGUACAAACAGGAUUAUGAGGAUAAUUAUACUGACGCGUCGUUCUUAUCACAGCUAAAACGUAAUUCAACGGUUAUCAACUAUUCAUACUGGAAGCUUCUCUCAGACUUCACAUUGAUAGUACUUCAUCUUUCCAUUAUCAUGCUUGUUAUACUGGUUUUCUACGGCAUCUACAGGCUCAACUGGAAUCCUCUGGUCCCAGCUUUACUAAGUUCUUCGCUAACAGCAUUGGGUUUUAUUGUCUAUGUGAUCACACUAAAAAUCAGAAGGAACAGACUGAUCAAUUUGCAAAAACUAAAGAUCGAGCAACUGACCCGCCCAACACGAUACUCUAAAUUUAACUCUUCCAAAUCCCACCCCCCUUCCAGAUCACCGUCGCCGUUUCCACACAACUUAGAACUCACAGCAAAAGAGUCUACAAUGGAUUUGGAGAGAUAUUUGAGAGAACCAAAUUCACCAGAUCUUUUCAACACUCUCAAAUCCUCUAUUCUUAUUCUCCUUACAUUGCUAACAUUCUCGCCUGUCUUAAAAUCCUUGACAAACUCCACAGCAUCAGAUUCCAUUUGGGCUUUGUCGACCUGGCUUUGUUUACUCAAUGUUUUGUUCAAUGAUUAUUCGAUUGACUUCUCACAUACAAGUCGCCAGUCUGAGUCUUCAACCUUUGAGCUUCAGACGUCUAAUUCCAAUCUGUCGAAAAACAUCUCCCUGUCCAACGCCAUUGUGCUAGCUUCCAGACUUAACUCAAAUCUCAGCGCUUUCUGUUUUAUAGUUUUCUCGAUUGAGGUCUCUGGACUGUUCCCUGUCUUCAACAACUUCACGCGGCGUUGCCAGUUUUGGGCAUUUCACUGGUUUCAGGUGGUAGCCAUCACUACAGCAGUGGAUUUUGCCGUCUACAAAAUUUUUGGCGUGGGCUGGUUCCUGUUAUGGAUAGGUCUGCAGUUCUGGAUUAUGGUAAUUGGACCAUGGCAUUUCAUCAUGUUGCAAAAGUACAAAGACGAAUUGCAAGGGCCAUGGGACCCGGCAAAACCAAUAUUCAAAACCAUUUAA